AAUAUUGGAGCGAAAGGAGAGCUCCAGAGAAUGGUAAAGCAUUCAGCGUUGCAACUAUUCCCCUCUUUGGCUCCGCAUAUCAGUGGUUUCGUCGCUCGUUCAUCCACACCGCUCCGACGUAUCUCCACCACCAAGAUGGCUAUGGACUGCUAUAAGUUUGGGCCUUAUAAGAUAGACGAAAAGGAAGUGUUCUUCAUGUCCCACUUAUCUUAUGCCAUGGUCAAUCUCCGUCCUGUUCUUCCUGGUCAUGUGCUUGUCUGCCCGAGGCGUGAAGUGAAACGCUUUGUUGAUCUCACUGUCAACGAGACUACCGAUCUAUGGAUCACAGCACAAAGGAUUGGUGCUCAGCUCGAGAGCUUCCAUAAGGCAUCAUCUCUCACAUUCACAAUACAAGACGGGCCUCAGGCAGGACAAUCUGUACCCCAUGUUCACAUUCAUAUUAUACCACGGAAAGUUGGCGAUUUUGAGAAUAAUGAUGACAUAUACGAUGCUAUUGACAACAAUGAUAAGGAACUAAAAGAAAAGCUGAACCUGGAUAAGGAAAGGAAGGACAGAAGCUUUGAGGAGAUGGCUCAAGAAGCAGAAGAAUAUAGAAAGCUAUUCGUGUAGACCAUGCAUAUGCAGUGGAAUAUGUUACCAGUUGUUUUCUUUGACUUGGGAAAUGAAGAUUUGCAGGCUGAGAAAAACCCUGCUGUGCAUUCAAUGUUGUUGUGAUCUUUAUUUACUUUGCAAUAAGUAUGUCAUUUUUGUUGCAGCUUUGGACUAGUAUUUACUCUCCAUUGGACUUGUGAAAUGCUAUGAUUUUCUGUUCAUCCUGCAAAAA